AUGAGCGGUGGACAGGAAAUGGCGCAGAAUCACACAGGUGGCUUAGAGUUAGACGAACGCACUUCAACACAUGAGAGUAGAGGGGACACGAGACGAGGCGCGCCACAUCCUCCCUCAAUCACGGCCAGAGCCACACUGAGUUGGAUACACAGAGGAGGGGCCCAGCUCUUGACUCCCGCACAGCCAGCUUCACUUUGCAUCCUUUUGCCUCCCAUCCUGACUCCCUCGUCCCUCCCUGCCCAGCCUGAGGAUUCUGAAAACGCGCUAAGCUAUGUGGAAAUGCCCCGUUCUCGUGUGUCCUUCCUCUACCCUAGGCAAAACUCAUUCCUGCGCUUUGAAAUGAACGUUGCACAGUCGAUUGCCGUCCCUCCCUGCCACACUUCCAGCUACCUCCACGUCCUGCCACACUCCCAGCUACCACCCUGUCACACUUCCACGCCUUCCCACACUCCCAGCUACCACUCUGUCACACUUCCACGCCUUCCCACAUUCCCAGCUACCACCCUGUCACACUCCCACGCCCUGUCACACUCCCACACCCUGUCACACUCCCACGCCUUCCCACACUCCCAGCUACCACCCUGUCACACUUCCAUGCCCUGUCACACUCCCAGCUACCACCCUGUCAUACUUCCAAGCCCUGUCACACUCCCAGUUACCACCCUGUCACACUCCCAGCUACCACCCUGUCACACUCCCACGCCCUGUCACAUUUCCACCCCUUUCCACACUCCCAGCUACCACCCUGUCACAUUCCCACGCUUUCCCACUCUCCCAGCUACCUCCACCCCCUGUCACACUCCCAGGUACUCCCACCCUGCCUCACGCCUUUCCCGCCACGCCACACUCUUGCAAGCGAUAAGGAAACACAGGCAAGGUCACACUACUGAUAUACACCCCACCGCCACCUACCCCCAUGUCCUCCUUCACCUACCUCCCCCUACCACCCAUUCUUGCAAGAUUGACAACUCAUCAUGUUAA